GAGAAUUAUUUGAAAAANCUCAUAGAAGAAGCCGUGGAUCUCUUGAACCUCAAUUUUGCACCUACUGUACCGAACGCCGCCCCCAAGCGGUCCCCCAGCUCAAAUUUUGAUCUUCUUAGCGGAUUGAACAACACACCAAACGAAAACUUCGGUGGUUUCGAUGCCGGAGCGCCUACUGCCGAUCAGAACACUUCCAAACCCAACAAUUUAUUCGAUCCCUUCGCAUCGUUGGGUGGGGGUACUAGUAACGACUUAUUAGGUGGCUGGAGUAACUUUACUACCCCUACGGCCAAUACCUAUACUCAGAAUAACGCUACGGAGCAAACCGAACAGAAACAAACCGACCCCUUUGCCGAUCUGGCUAAUUUAGGAGGUGGCUUAAAUUUCGGAUCUCAACGCACCAACUUUCCGCCCUCCACAACCCCAACUAGCGGCAGCCAAACACCUAACAGGGUACCGCCUACGACUCCCCAACAUAUUCCUUCGGCGGCGACCACUCCGAAACAUCAAGCUAAAUCGCCCGUCGGUCCCGAUUACAGUAGAUCUCAUUUUGAUACUCUGAAUAAAAACCAACAGCCAGCCGAACAGAAAGCCAAACCGAAAAGCGAUGACAUUUUUGGUGACUUGUUGGGCUCCCAAGGGUAUACGUUUACGGGGAAAAAGGACAGCGCUCCCAGAACGAUAAACGCUAUGAGGAAGGAGGAAAUGGCGGUUUACACGGAUCCUGAGAAGCUGAAGGUUAUAGAAUGG